GGGUAGGUAUCUAAGGUGCCUACAAAUACCCAAGGUACCUUACCUACCAAUCAAAGUACCUACACCCACCUAACAGGUGCCUAACCCGUCUUCCGCUAUCAAAGCCAUCAAUAGCCGCGAGGGCAUCUGAGCCCCGUCUCGAUCUCGGCUCUGCUCCAGCGGGAAGAAUAGAGUAGCCAGAAGAGGAGACGUAGGUAGCCAUGCCAGGCACACACACACACAUCUACCUCCUUACAGGUGCCCUUCGGUACAUUCCCCUCCGCGGUGCUCUAGGGCGUAGCACAUGUACUUACUUAGGGAGGGGGCUCCGUCGAUAUUGACCACUCACUCUCUCUCUCUCUCUCUCUCCAAGACUUGGGAAGCUCGCAAUAUCUCGCCUUCCAUUCGCCGGCCGCGCCCGCUGCCAGAUGCCCCGCACUGCUCUCACACGAUCUCCUCGGCCACUCUCGCGUCUCCCACUCGCAAACCGCCCGACACUCUCGUUAUCUUACGCUUCGACUAUAAGGACGACGACGACGACGACGACACACCUGGCUAGCAGCAGUGGCAGUACCAGCACCACAAGGUCCUAUCUCACCCCUGCCCUCCGCGCCCACCAGUCUCGCAAGAUGGCCCCCCAGCUCGACAGCUACUUCGCCCAAGUCGACGAGCUCUCGUCGCACUUCAUCGACCGCCUCCGCAAGGCCGUCGCCAUCCCCUCCAUCUCCGCCGACGCCUCCCGCCGCCCCGACGUCGUCCGCAUGGGUCAGUUCCUGGCCGCCGAGCUCGAGGCCCUCGGCGCCGUCGUCGAGCUGCGGCCCCUCGGCAAGCAGCCCGACAAGCCCGACCUAGACCUGCCCCCCGUCGUGCUCGCCCGCUACGGCGCCGACAAGACGAAGCGCACCAUCCUCGUCUACGGCCACUACGACGUCCAGCCGGCCGACAAGAGCGACGGCUGGGCCACCGAGCCCUUCACCCUGACCGUCGGCGACGACGGCCGCAUGUUCGGCCGCGGCAGCACCGACGACAAGGGCCCCGUCCUCGGCUGGCUCAACGCCAUCGAGGCCCACCAGAAGGCUGGCGUCGACUUCCCCGUCAACCUGCUCAUGUGCUUCGAGGGCAUGGAGGAGUACGGGUCCGAGGGGCUCGACGAGCUCAUCGAGAAGGAGGGCAAGGGCUACUUCGCCGACGCCGAGGCCGUCUGCAUCAGCGACAACUACUGGCUCGGCACCGAGAAGCCCUGCCUCACCUACGGCCUGCGCGGCUGCAACUACUACAGCGUCGAGAUCUCGGGGCCCGGCGCCGACCUGCACAGCGGCGUCUUCGGCGGCACCGCCCAGGAGCCCAUGACCGACCUCGUGCGCGUGCUCGGCGGCCUCGUCGACACCGACGGCAAGAUCCUGAUCCCGGGCAUCAUGGACCAGGUGGCGCCGGUGACGGCCGACGAGGAGACGCUGUACGACGGCAUCGCCUUCACCAUGGAGACGCUGCACGACGCCCUGGGCUCCAAGACGACCAUCUUCGAGGACAAGAAGCCGACGCUGAUGGCGCGGUGGCGGUACCCGUCGCUGUCCGUGCACGGCAUCGAGGGCGCCUUCGCCGGGCCCGGCGCCAAGACGGUCAUCCCGGCCAAGGUCACGGGCAAGUUCUCGAUCCGCACCGUGCCCGACAUGGAGAUCGAGCGCACCAACGAGCUCGUCUACCGGCACGUCCGCGACGCCUUCGCCAAGCUCGGCAGCAAGAACACCCUCAAGGUGUACGCCCAGCACACCGGCAAGUGGUGGGUCGCGAGCCCGAACCACUGGAACUUCCGCGCCGCCGGCAAGGCCGUCGAGCGCGUCUGGGGGGUCAAGCCAGACUUUACGCGCGAGGGUGGAAGCAUCCCCGUUACCCUCACGUUCGAGCAGGCGACGGGCAAGAACGUGCUGCUGCUGCCGAUGGGCAGCUCGACCGACGGCGCCCACUCGAUCAACGAGAAGCUCGACCGCCGCAACUACAUCGAGGGUAUCAAGCUGCUGGGCGCCUACCUGCACUACGUCGCGGAGGAGCCGCAGGAAUAAAGGCUCGGUUGGGUUAGCUACCUACCUAGGUGCGUACGACGGCUAAGGGGGGCAGAAGCUACGUGGUAGGCUACCAGGCGUUACGGCGAGGGGAAGUAAAGGGGCCCGAGGGAGGUCGGCAGGCAAGUGAAGGUGACCGCCGCGGCGCUUGCGGGGUUGCAGGUAGGUAGACAUUGUACCUAUCGGUGUAUGCCCGACGGCGACGAGCCGCGGCUCGUGUACAAAUGAACCAACCGAAUGAAGAAAAAUAAAAAGAAAGCCCGGACGUGAAAUGUACGCAACGACUCCCUUUUCU